UGAUUUGCCUCUGUACUUUCUUGCCUGAGAUAUUUGGUCAGGCAGAUAUAUUUAAAUCUGGAACUACAGUGAACCUCAGGCAUUCUGGUCUCAGAGGGAACAACUCCAUGAAGCGGGACCUUUCCUGGAAUCCUUGAGAUCUACCUUGGUUACUUCCUCUCUUCAAAAUGUUUUGCGGGGAAUACGUCCAAGGAACUAUCUUCCCAGCUCCAAGUUUCAAUCCCGUGAUGGAUGCCCAAAUGCUAGGCGGAGCACUCCAAGGAUUCGACUGCAACAAAGAUCUGCUCAUUGACAUCCUAACACAGCGCAGCAAUGCACAGCGGCAGAUGAUAGCUGGGGCCUAUCAGAGCAUGUAUGGCCGGGACCUGAUUACAGACCUGAAGGAACAACUUUCAUCACACUUCAAAGAAGUGAUGGUGGGCCUGAUGUAUCCUCCACCAUCUUAUGAUGCUCAUGAGCUCUGGCAUGCCAUGAAGGGAGCAGGAACUGAUGAGAAUUGCCUCAUUGAAAUAUUAGCUUCAAGAACAAAUGGGGAGAUUUUCCAGAUGCGAGAAGCCUACUGUUUACGUAAGGAAAUGCAUAAAUAUGCAAACAGAGAGGAAGGAUACUCCGAUCCCGCAAUGGCUGCUCAGGAUGCAAUGGUGCUCUGGGAAGCCUGCCAGCAGAAGACUGGGGAACAUAAAACCAUGAUGCAGAUGAUCCUGUGCAACAAGAGCUACCCACAGCUUUGGCUGGUUUUCCAGGAAUUUCAAAAUAUUUCUGGCCAAGACCUGGUGGAUGCCAUCAAUGACUGCUAUGAUGGUUACUUCCAGGAGCUGCUGAUCGCAAUUGUUCGUUGUGUCCAGGACAAACCAAGUUAUUUUGCUUAUAAAUUAUACAGAGCAAUCCAUGACUUUGGCUUCCAUAACAAAACUGUCAUCAGGAUUCUAAUUGCCAGAAGUGAAAUAGAUCUAAUGACCAUAAGGAAACGUUACAAAGAAAGAUUUGGAAAAUCACUCUUUCAUGAUAUCAAAAAUUUUGCUUCAGGGCACUAUGAGAAAUCACUGCUUGCCAUCUGUGCUGGUGAUGUGGAAAACUAUUAAAAAGUGGGGAGGGUUUGAAGAUGUUGAAAUCCUCUUCAUAGACACCAGAUACAGACUGGUGAACUUGUGCUGUACUGACACUGAAACAGAACUAUAGAAUCAUAUUUUCUUCUAUCUCUACAAUUAUUCUGAGACAAAAAAAUCUACUACUGAAAAUAUGUAAUUCUUGAUUUGUAUCCCUUAUCAAUUAAUAAUUAAUUAAAUUGUGUAUCAUGGAAUAAGAAAAGUAUUACAUUGGACUUGAUUUUAUUGAAAUGUCAACUGCCAGUUCCUACAACCAGAAAGUCUGUUCAUGACUGUCUUAAUAUCAGUCUGAAACCUGUAAAAUUGAGGUGUCUGACCACUCUCAGUGUGUGACCACCUUCAGUAUGUGACCACUGUCAGUGUAACCACUCUACAUGUUAUGGCCACCUUUAGUGCUUGACCACCCUCAGUGCAUGACCACUGUCAGUGUGAACACCCUCCACGUGUAUCCACCCUCAGUGUGUGAUAAAUCUCAGUGCAUGAUCACCCUCAAAAGAAUUGCCUUGACUCUUGGACAAACACAAUAAAGCUGAAGCAAGGGCCUAGAAUAGCCUUUUAAUGAAAAGAGAUAAUCACAAAUCAACUGUACCGAGAGGCAUACUGUCUGAAUUAGUUACACAAAAACUUGAAUAAAAAAAGUAAGGGUUU